AUGGAACUAGAAGAAGAUAAGACUGACUACGACAGGCUGUACAGUGACUCUUUUACUAAGAAGAUCCCAUUCCCGAUGAUGAAGUAUGAUGUUUGCAAAUUAAGCCCUGCUGCAGAUGAUGUGGUCUACACUCUUGCCACAUCGAGUGUUAAAAAGGAGACGAAGUUCAGGCUGUUCACUAGCAAGGCAAGGAAAGAAGCCUUAACUCCUGUGCUUGAGAAACUCAGAGCUGAAGCUAUGAAGAAAUCUAAAGGAGAAACGAAGGAAGAAAAGAAGAACGAAGAGCAGAAAAAAUCUUUGGAGGAAAUGAAGACAAAAGAACCAGAUCAUUUGCAAACUAAAGAGUUGACGCUUAAAAAUGAGAAGAAAGAAACUGCAAACCCUUAUGAUGAUGACAUGGAGGAUAGUAAGAAAGAGCCAGAAGGCCCUCAACCAACUGAUGGUAUCGUUAGCAAAGCCCAAAUGACUAUUGAAAGUGAAGGGCUGCUAGAAAGACCAGAGACUCCUAAAAAGAAUGAGCUUGAAAUAUCAACAAAGAAGAUUUCUAACCCUCGAGAUGAGGUUAUGAAGUCAUCUCAAUCUCAAAAUCGCCCUAAGAGUAGACAAGGAGACCUCAAUAAAGAGACUGAGAAGGAGAGUUUUGAAGAGGUAUUUGCAAAGAGUUCAGAGAUUAGGGAUCCUAAUGCCUCUGGCAAGCUCUUCAUUAGAUGGAAGGUAGACAAGACAGGGUUCAAGAAGGAUAAAGAAAUGUACCUGAAGGGAAACAUGAACAGCACAAUUGAGUUUUCAAAAGAUGGUAGAUUUAUCUUACUCUCAGGCAACGACUCACGAACUGUCUACGUUCACAGAGCUGAUAACCUCGAAUUGGUUCAUGAAUCCACGCUAACAGCAAAGGACAGUAAUGGCAAUGAUGUCACUUACUUUUAUGACACAAAAUUGUCAUAUGAUGGGUCUUACCUGGUCGGCGGUGACUCUUACUCAAGAUAUAUAUUCAAACAGAAUGGGGAGUUUGUUAAAAGAAUAGAAGGAAGGAAUAUGUACUCAAUUUACCAGUUUACAAAAACUGAGUUUGCAGGUUGCAAGAAUGCCGAUGAUACCUAUACAAAGACUAAUCUCAUCGCUAUAGACUUCAUCGAAGAUAAAGAAAGGGUCAUCUAUGAGUUUGACUCUUAUGUCUCUACUAUAUACUUUAACAACGACAACUCAGCGUUUUGUUACGACAAAUACCCAAAGAUAUACUAUGUUGACCUCAAGGCAAAGAAUGUGGAAGCUGUAGAAUUGGUCAAGGAAUACUACUCUCUCUCAAAUGUUACAUUUAGUGGAAAUAAAGUUGGUAUUUGAUAUCAGCCAAACUGGAAAUGUCUCAAUGUUGCUUGUUUUGAAGAUGGCAAGCAGACUUGGAAACAGACCAUUGAUAAGAGUUAUCUCUAUACCCAAGGAAUGAAGUUCCUAAAUGAAGACGAUGGACUCUACAUGGUCGAGCUAAACAAUGGAAAGAUGAUCGUCCAUAGUAUCCUUCCUGGUAGAUACAGUACUUACUCUGUGAAAGCAAUCAGAAACAUUAUUUUCCAAUACCCUCUUAUAUCUUACGUUUGGGGUACACGGGAGCUGUGGGUUCAGGAUCUGAAUAACAAAACAACGAUUUACUAUUUUGAUGAUCCCAUUGUUGCUACAGAGAAUGUCCACAAUGUCAUUACAGAGAAGAACUCAAAGAUGGAGCUUGGAAUGGUGUUCCAAAGAAAGGAUCAAUUCCAAACUGCCAUCAUGAAACUGGACAUGAACACGAACACCAUUGAGUAUGAUAGAAGAAGUAUUGAGAAGACAGAUAUAGAAAGUGAUAAGAUUAAGGGCUACUACCGUAUCCCUUUUCAGAAUCCUGAGACUAAGAGUGUUGAGAAUGCUAUAAUGAUCCACCAGAGUGAGGCAUUAUCUGUCCUGUCUCUUCAAAACAAGUCAAUGAAAUAUGAGAUAAAGAAGAAUUAUAAAUAAGCAUGCUGUUAUCAACAUGAAGAAAACCAAAGCAUUGGUCUUAUGGAAGUUUAAAGGUGACAAACUUGAGCUUAUGAGACUGCCUUACGAUCCCACAAGCACAAGUGCUAUCUCUAAGGUCUAUGAAGCUGACGAGGAAAUCAAAGAUUGCAAACUCACUUACAUCAAUGGAAAAGAGUAUAUUGCUUGUGUUGACGAGCCUAAAUAUAUCAAGAUUCUUGAAGUAGCAGAUUCAGGGGCUCAGAAGAUGCAUAAAGUCAAUAUUUUCAAAGAUUACUAUGUUGAUACAUACUUUGCUACUAGUCCUGACCAAAAUACUCUAAGAGGUUAUGGAUACUGUAACGGUAUGCUUUAUAGUGGCAAUGGGACUACUAUCUUGCAAGAAAAGGGAAAAGAAAAGGAAGGAAAGUUUACUGCAAUUUAUUAUUCAAAAUUCUCUCUUGAAUAUGGCUCUUUCAAGUUUCCAAUGGUUUCAGAAGAUUUCAUUCUAUAUUCUUUGAAUCCAGAGUAUGAUUCAACGUAUACAACUCAGAAUCAGAGUUUAUUGCUAGCUCCUCCAAUGAAUUCUUACGAAAUCAAGCAGAGAGAGAUGAAUGAGGAUGACAAUCAAGAAAUAUUCUGUCAUUUUGAUGACAAAUACAUUAUUUAUUGAACCUACAAAGUUCUGGAUAAGUAUGACCCUGAAGCGGAUGAAGAUAGGCUCAACCAUGGGGCUGAAAUCAAGAUUGAUGUAUGCAUGCUCAACGGAGAGAUCAUUCAAACCGUCUAUUUACCAGAGAAAUUUGAUUCAACUGACCACCCAGUAUUCUCACAGAGUGGUGAGUACUUUGUGGUGCCUGGUGCAUUUAUUAAAGAGGACCAAAAGGAGUUUUAUGAUGAACCUACAAAAGAUAAUUCAGAGAAGGCUAUGAGAGUAUUCAAGAUAGUUCCAACUAGUGAUUACAAGAAAAUGAUGGAAGAAAACAAAGAUAAUAAUAUUACAAACGUUAAUGCUAAUUUUCAGACUACCAACAUCAUCGAUAUUGAAGUCCAUAGCACUCAUUUGAUCAAAUACCCAAGCAAAGAGAAGAAGGAUGAAGAAAGAGGUAUUUAUGUGGUUGAUCCUGAUGAAAUUGACUGUGAUAAAGAAAGUAUCUUUGUUGAUAAUAAAGGCAAUGCCAUCCUCUACCUACCUCCUCGAGAAGUGUUCCAAAUUAACGAGAAGAACCUUUGGCAUCAGUAUAUGUCAAUGCUGAACGACCAUGACUUUCUUCUAGACAAAAUAGAGAUCUUAAAGUUUGGCCAGAAUGUGUUUGUGAUUAAGCAUUUUGAAGAUAUUUUAAAAGUUAGAUAUAAAGGAGCUAAGAUCAAGUCUUCAAAAAUGCUAAAGCAUAAAGCUGUAGAUAUUGAAGAGCAAUGUGACUUGGAGCAAAUUAUAAUUCCUAGGAAUCCUAAAUACCUGAUAUUUGUCUAUGACCUGAAUGGUGCUUCGACUAUCAUUACCUGGGACACACAAAAAUAAUAUUGAGUACAACAACUUCUUAGGAAGAAAAGGAGAUGUAAUCCGAGAUUACAUUCAUGGCAAAAACUCACAAUUCGGAUUCAUGUGAUUUGACAAAUACUUUGUCGAAAUACAAGCAGGAAUUCCAAUUCCUUUCAUGACCAGGAAGAUGGAAACUAACUCCAAACUUUAUGGGCAAGGAAUCAGGAUCAACUCGAAUCAAGAUAUGAUGCUUGCUAGAGGCUCUUUGAUCACUCCUCUGUGAUAUAAAGAUAUUUAUUAUCACAAGAAUAAGGGAUUAGAAAAUCUUGACAUGGAGAAAGUGGUGUAUUACAUGAAUAAAACAUCAGCUGUUUUUGACUAUAUUGACCAUUUUGAAAACUUAAAAUUAGUUCUGGACUUGUUUGACAAGGAACCUCUAUACUAUUCAAUGCUGGUAAUCGACAAUAAAGAAGGAAAGUCAGCUCUCCAGAUUGCUAUCGAGAAUAAAUCAGCUAAGAUUAUUGAGCUGAUAUUGAACUGCUUAUUAAAGUUAGAUCACUUUUCGUUGUCAAGAAAGAUUUUCAAAAAUUUCACGUCACUUUUCACAAUGAAUUUGAAGUCAUUUGAGAAGUAUUUGAAUUCAUGCUACUUCAUCACUGAGCAAAUGAAGUCAAUCCAGAAGUUGCAAAUUGCAAAUGCUGAUAACAGUAUCAGAGAGAGCUUCUCAUGCUCCAUUCUUGACAAGAACUUCUAUGAGAAGUAUAAGGUGCUCAAUGCUGAUGAUAAAGACAAAGACAAAGAUAAAAAUGAGGGUUCAAAGCCAGCAAAAUUCAGCCAAGUAGCCCCCUAUGGAGGAUCGCUCAAUAAAUCCUAUGGAGAAAAAUCAGGAGACCCCUGGAGCUCAGAUCAGAUGCAGGAUGACGACGAAGAUGGUAUCUUCUUUGAUGAAGAAAUUAAUAAGUCUAAGAGAGUCAGUAUCAAAGGAAUUGAAUUUGACUGGCUGUUCAAGGGUAAAACUGCCCACAGGUUUUUGAAGGACCUCAGUGAUUCAAAGAAUAUUCAUAUUUUUGGACAACCUAUCAUCAAGGAUAUUAUCUUGUUCCAGUGGAAGUAUUUUAUGGAAGCUAUCAUUUACAAGUUGUUCAUCCCUUAUAUGAUAUAUUUUGCAUUAUUCUGAGUGUACUCCACUUGGCUUAUGGAAGACCAGUAUCUUGAGAGUGAUAGCAAUGGGUUUUAUCAUAUUACCAGUUAUGCAUUCGGAGGAAUAAUCUUGUUGUUCAACAUCUUCUGGGCUUAUGUUGAACUCAAGCAGAUCAUCUUUCAUAAAAUAGACUAUGUAAAAUCGUUCUGGAACUUGCUGGACUUGCUUACUGUUGUUACAAACACCGCAGUUGUUAUUAUGGACUACACAGGAGCUCAUUUUCAUGACAAGAACAGAAUCUCAGCUAUGGCAGUGCUUAUCUUGUACUUCAAGUUGUUUUAUUUCUUGAGAAUCUUCUCCUCUACUGCAUAUUUAGUGAGAAUGAUUAUUGAAAUUCUAAAGGAUAUGAAAUUUUUCGUCACGGUUCUGAUGCUUGCUACAAUCGCCUUCGGGAAUGCAUUCUAUAUACUGGGGAGAAACUCCCCUGAUGGAGAAAACUUGGCAGGCGACAACUUCAUUGAUGCUCUGAUCUUCUCCUAUAAGAUGGGGCUUGGAGACUUCUUGACUGAUGACUUUGGUACUAGAGAUGAAGAGAUUCUCUGGAUCUUCUUCUUGGUUAAUACUCUUAUUGUCCUAAUUGUGCUGCUCAAUUUGAUCAUUGCAAUCAUGGGUGACACCUUCGAUAGGGUUCAGGAGACUCAAGAGAAAUCCAUGCUGAAGGAACUGACUGAUAUGAUCAGAGAAAACGAAUUCUUGUUCUCAAGAAGCAGAGCUUUUAAAAACUCUAAAUACAUUAUUGUUAUUGAACCAGAGAAGGCUGAAGGAGGAGGAAAUGUCAGUUGGGAAGGAAGGCUUAACCAGCUCAGAAUAUUCAUCCAGGAAUCAUCUGAGAAGCAUAUUGCACAUCUUCAGAAGCUACAAGAAGAGAUCGAGAAUAUAGCUUCCUCUGCGCUAGAAGACAAGAUGAAGCCAUCAGAGGACAGAGUUAAUCACAAAUUAUCCGAAUGAGAUAACAGAAUCAGCUUAAUCAAGAAAGGAGUCGAAGUCAUUGUCGAAGAAAAUGAGAUGUUGAAAAAGGAAAUAGAAGAGUUAAAGAAAAAAUAAAAAUAAUUUAACUCAUGUUGAUUU